GCGCCUGCAGCAUCCAGAGGACCGUGCGCGUUCACGCGUCGCAACAGAGAGAGGAGAAAAGAGAGAGUGACAGAGGUGAAGGGAGGAGAGAUAGGGUAAUGAAAAUGAUGGCGACCGAUGCAGAGGAGAUAAGAAUCCAAACAAGCCCCUGUCCCAUCCCCGACAACAGUCUCAGCACUCUGUCCAUCAAAAUUACGCGGAAAAACCAGGAUAGACACUGGAAGUUGCGGUUUAUUUACCUGCAGUGCUAUUUCUUGACAAUUGCAACAAUAUUGGGAACUGGAAUCUUAGGUCUUCCAGUAACGAUAGCCCAUGCUGGACUCGUGCCUUUCCUCGUCUCCUUUAUCAUUGGCUUCUUUGUCCAGGCCUUGCUUAUCUACUUGUUUGUGGAACUCCUUCAGAAAUGUCAGGUGGUGCAGCUAGAAUCUCUAAAGAAAGGUGUCGCGGAGUGUAUUGGGAUGGAUCAGGUGGGCAUUGAGGAUCCGGCCCCCACAGAGGAUGAGGAUGAUGAUGAAAAUGCACAAGCAGAUACAGGUUUACUACGGACGGAUGCAGUAGCUCUGCACAACCAAGCAGAGAGCCUGCAGCCCAACCUUCACCUGCUUGGCUACCUCUUGCUCUCCCGGCCCAUGAGCUACGCCUUCAACUGCAUCCUCCUCUUCCAAUUCAUUUCUAUUGGAAUAAGUUAUGUCUUAGCUGGCAGUGAGGCCUACGCUGCCCUUCUUAAUGUCAGCCACAUCUAUGUGAUCCCGGCCUUCACUUGGAUUCUAUCUCUUGCUAUCUUACUUGCUUACACAAUCAUCCAGCCAAUCACUUCACUGCUUACCCUGCUGAAAGGAAUGCUGCUCAUUGUCACGGUGGUUGUGACAUUUGCAGUGGGGUCAGAGGUCGGCCUUCAGAGCAACAGUGACUUCAGUCAGAUGGGAAAACCUUUCCUAAUGGGCACUGUGGCUCUGGGAGGGAUUGUAAACGUGAUGCCUCUGCUCUACUCGCAGAUCUCACACAACAAAACGCAGAUCCUGUGGUUUCGGAGAGCAGUGCUUGCAGGCCUGACAACCUGCACUGUGCUCAACAUCCUCUGGUGCUGGGCAGUGCUGGAAAUCGUGCCCCAGACGUCGAUGACAGAAAAGCGGCUGGCAGCUGAGACGACAACCCAGCCCGGCCCCAGCAACCUGUCUAGUCCUCAUUCCUCCGCCUCCCGUCUCCUGUACUCCAACAUCUCAUUAGAAGAGUCUGAGAGAGCAGGAGAGAUUGCAACCAUACCAUUAACUAAGAUUAUUAAUGAACGUUACAAGGCGUACUCCUGGGUGGCUGAGCUGAUCCAGGUGUUUAUAGCCAUCAGCGUCACUGUGUCCUUCCUGGUAAUGGGAUCUGCCAUGAAACACACCAUUGAUGGUCUGGUGAGCUCAGUGUGGAGCAGCAGACUGGAGUGGCUGUCUAAAGCCUGGGAGCGAAACCUGCCCAAUAAAGAGCACAUCUGCUCGGCAAGAGGCAUUGCUCAAGGAUUCAUGUCACUGCUUGCAUUCCUUGUCAUCUUUACCGUGUCAAUGUGUGAUCCCAAGGGUUUUAUUGUCAUGUUGGACAAAGUUGUUUCGUUCUCCCUGAACACUGAAGUUGGACUGUUUGUCUUCAUCAUGCUGAGAGAGUCCAGAGAAGAUAGAUUCCAACACCUUGCAGUCCCUCUGCCAGUAGGGGACUGUGUCUUCAGCCUCAGUUGGCUGCUUCCCACCUACUUCCUGUUUGCAGUAACCUACGAUGUCCUGCAGACCCUGGCAGACGUGACUCAUUUGCUGCCUUUCUACAGCCAUAGUCCGGAGCCACACAACCACAACCACACCGGGACCGGGACUGGGACUGGGACAGCAGCCAACGGCUCCGUCCUGCUCUGAUCCUCAAGCAGCCACAUCGGAGACAGGCAAGGAGGAGUCGAAAAUUGCCAAAACAAAUAUCAGAAGCUUCGCAAGUGCUUUUAUAUUGUAUUCCCACUUAUCACGCUCCUGAUACAAUCCAAUCAUUUUGACAAAAACAGGUUUAUUUGUUUUUCAAGGAAGAAGAUUAAGACUAGUGAAAAAAGAAAUUGAGUUCUGACUUUAUUGUCAGAAUUUUGAGAUUAAACUCAGAACUCCAAUACAUUUUUCAACAUGCGGCCCUAAUCCUCUUCCAUAGUUUUGAUGGUGGUCUUGGGGGCCAUUUUUGCCCUCCACUGUCCCAUGGCAACACAUCAAACAGGGCUCCGUCUUUAAUUGGUCUCUGCAACUGUGGUUGAUUCCUGCUUUACAAAUCAGAGGAAAUGCAGUUUUAGUCUUGGAUUUACAGCACAGUAGAGUAUAAUGCAUCUGGUCCCUGGUUUUAUAAAUCAACUUUAAAUGAAAUACUAAUCAAUAAUCUGUAGUUGAAAGAGGCCCUAUUAUACUCCUUUUCACUAUCAUAUGUGUACUCUUGGGGUCUCUUCAAAGAUGUUUACAUGCUUUGAUUUAGGGCUGGGCGAUAUAAAGAAAAUCUAUAUUCUUGACCAAAUACCUUAUCAAUAUUAUAUUGUAUGGUUGACUAUCGGUGCUUUAACAACAUGUUAUUUACACAAUGAGGUUUUUGGUAAAUAUUCUCCAGAAAUGAUUUAAUGACUCAGUGGGUAAAGGUAAAUAAUAGAACAGCUAGAACAGUCUGGUAAGUUCAGAAAAUGACAACACUUUACUGUAAUGCAGUCUGUAAAACCAGGUAAAGACAAUAGUUACAAAAUUACCAUAUUACCUUAUAUCAAGAAUCUAGGACGAUAUCUAGUCUCGUAUCGCAAUAUUGAUACAUUGAUAUGUUGCCCAUUCCUACUUUGAUGUUUAAAAACAUACUAUGUUUCUCAAAUUGCUGCAUUGUCUCCACCUGAAACAUUCUGUCUGAGCUCUUGGCCCGCCUUCGGGAAAAGUUCCGGUCUGCUCUGAUUGGUCAGCUGGCCCACUCUGUUGUGAUUGGUCAACC